UGUCACGUUUGUUGUGUCCAUGUUAUGUGUAACGGCUGCUAGCGAAGUCUUUAACAACGUGAAACAUGUAUAAAUUCAACUGUAUAUUAGCCAGUUCUGCGAGUAAGGUUUGCCGACAGUUUGCUGCCUCCUUGCAUGCAAAUGGAAGCGCACUAUGUGCGAGCGGUGCUGUCAAAGUGCAGGACGCAGCAGCAGCCACCAAAGAAUUCAGCCUCACUCCUCCGCUGCCCGGGGAGGACAGUCCACUCAGGUGGGCUGGGAAGAAGUUUGAUGAAUUACCAAUCCUUCACAUUAAAGCCACAUAUAACAACACACACAUCCAGCUGACAGACAGCGCAGGACAGUCGAUGAUCAGGACAUCCUGUGGAGCAGAGGGCUUCAAGAACGUCAAGAAGUCGACACCGAUCGCUGCUCAGACCGCCGGCCUGUCUGCUGCUACGAAAGCUACAGCUAAAGGAGUGACGUUUGUGCGUGUUGUGGUCAAAGGUCUUGGCCCUGGACGUCUGUCUGCGAUCAAAGGCCUGACGAUGGGAGGCCUGGAGGUGGUAUCGAUCACCGACUGCACCCCCGUGCCACACAACGGAUGCCGCCCACGCAAAGCCAGGAGGACAUGAUCUCCGAAACUUGGUGUAAACAGGAGGAAGCCGCUCAUCUUGUCAUAUGCUAAUAAAGUGUUUUGUUGUGUAAUUUC